AAAUUCUAUUGGCUUUUAAUUGAACGUUAUCAGUUUAUCAGCUCAUUAACUUUCUUCUUAUAUCGUAAUUUCCUCUCGUGGCCUAGGAUUGAUCAUUAUUCAUCUUCCUACUUGCAACCAACAUCUCCACAGAUCUCUCUGUCUCUCCCCUUCUCUACACCCCAAAUGGAUUCUACAGCCAAAGAGGUAGUCAAAGAGCUCCCCGGACUCAUCAAACUCUACAAAGAUGGCUCAGUGGAACGCCUCUUUGGCUCUCCAUAUGUGCCACCGUCACCCGAACCAGACCCUGAAACUGGUGUCUCUUCAAAAGACAUAACCAUAUCAGACAACCCUUUGAUCUCAGCUCGCCUUUACCUCCCAAAACUCACUCAACCCCAUGAAAAGCUUCCCAUCUUAGCUUACUUCCAUGCCGGCGGCUUUUGUCUUGAAUCCGCUUUCUCAUUCUUUGACCAAAGGUAUCUAAACGCCUUGGUCUCUGAAGCUAGAGUUGUAGCCGUCUCAGUAGAGUACAGGCUGGCCCCAGAACACCCUCUUCCUGCUGCGUAUGAAGAUUGCUGGGCUGCUCUUCAAUGGGUAGCUUCUCACUCUUUGGACAAUGAAAUCAAAAAAGAUUCAUGGUUGUUGAACCAUGGUGACUUUGAUAGAAUCUUUAUUGGUGGUGACAGCGCAGGGGGCAAUAUAGUCCAUAACAUAGCUCUCCAAGCAGGAGCUGAAGGGUUGAAAGGUAGGGUUAAGCUUUUGGGAGCUUUCCUUUCCCAUCCUUACUUCUGGGGCUCUGAGUCUAGUACUGAUCAUGACAAGUCCAUGCCAACUUUGGCCUGGGAAUUUGUUUAUCCGUCAGCUCCUGGAGGCAUUGACAACGCCCUGAUCAACCCUCUUGGCCCUGGAAAGCCGAGCCUAGCGGGACUCGGUUGCUCAAGGUUACUAGUUUGUGUUGCUGAGAAGGAUCAGCUUAGAGACUUUGGGGUUUUGUACUAUGAUGCAGUGAAGGAAAGUGGUUGGCAAGGAGAAAUCGAGCUGUUUGAAGUGAAGGGAGAGGAUCAUGCUUUUCAUAUACUGGAUUUCGGCAAAGAGAAUUCUAAGAUAAUGAUCAAAAGAUUGGCCUCUUUUCUUGCUGUCAGCUAAUCUCAACCCCUUCAGUUUAGUUUGUGAUUUUCAUCUGUAAAAUAACAGCCAUCAAUAAACAUAUGGGCAUAUGGCUUUUCCUGUCACUUUUAUUUGAUUCAAUCUGAUCUUCCUGAAUUCCAUUUUGGGCAUUCAUUUUUUUUA